CACUUGAUCACGUGGCUUACCCGUGAAAAUUGCUGAUUAUUUCAUAAUUAUGUUAACUAAAUUUUAAUUACUAAUUUUUGAAUCAACAAAAUAAUUCAUCAUGCAGUCCUCCCGAAUGGUAAGAUCUGAAGGUGAUCUGUUACCAAAUAAUCUAGAAUUAUAUGCUUUUAAACCUUUUGUUCAUGAAAUCUUGAGGACAGACAGUAUACUACCCCAUGCAAGAAGUGGACAUCGAGUUGCAUGUGAUGAUGACAACCUUUAUGUAUAUGGUGGUUACAAUCCUAAUAUUGUGGAUCCAGAAGCUGAAGGAGCUCAAAAUGGUAAUGAAGGAUGUUUGUUUAGAGAAGUGUUAAAAUUUAAUUUUGCUUCAAUGAUGUGGAAAAAGUUAAACAUUAAAGAUAUACCUUAUAAUCUUGCAUCAGUUGCUCUCAUUAUGUCAGGGAAGGUUUUGAUGGUGUAUGGAGGUACUGGAGUGCCCUUUCACUCCGAGAAAAGCAAUGUAUUGUAUGUAUGUAAUUUAGGGGAACAAGAACCACAGUUCAGAAAAAUUACAACCACCGGAAAAGUUCCAGCAGAGCUUUAUGGCCAAGCAAUGUUCUUUAGAGACAACCAUAUUUAUGUGGUAGGUGGUACAACAGGUUAUGACUAUUUUUUGGAUGUUCACAGAUUAAAUCUCACAACUAAUGUAUGGGAGGAAGUGUACAUCUGUAAAGGUUUAAAAGGUGAACCAAGUGGUAGAUAUAGGCAUGAAAUUGCUGUAGUAGGCAAUAAAGUAUAUAUUUUGGGAGGAGGAAGAAGCAAUGAGGGUGUUAAAUUAGAAGAAAUUCCAGUUUUCGACCUUGAUGAAAAAGUUUGGGAAAUAGCCAGGUCUAUUAAAGAUGAAAUCCAUGGUUACCCUGCACAAAGGCAAUUUCACAGUACUGCUAGAAUUCCUGGUACAAACAGCUUCAUUUUAAUUGGUGGUGUUCAUGGAUCUGAAAAGAUAUAUGAUGAUUGUUGGAGGUUGGACAUUUCAUCACUUUCAUGGAAGAAAAUUUCUUCUCUUCAGUUGUGUAUUCCUGUAUUUUUUCAUGGGACUGGUGUCACAUCCUCAGGUAGAAUGGCCUCAUUUGGAGGUGUUGUUAAAAAAGGUAGAUCUCAGCGCAGAGUUGCAAUAAUUCAAAGUGCAUGGAUUUGUAUUCCUAAAUUGAAGGACAUUUCAUGGGAAGCUGUGGUACAUUAUGGUUUCACUCAAGCUUUGACAUCUAUUCAUUUCCAACAGCUUCGUUUGCCUAGUGAAUACUAUAACAAACUCUUAUAGUUUACUGUGAAUAAUGUGUACAGUUAUAUCUUAACAAUUAGUGUAAUUUUGAUAUCCAGACCAAGCUACUGCAGGAAUUAAAAUCAUGAGAUUCAUCGCUGUACUCUGCUUUUACUAAAAGAUUCACGGUACCACUGUAAAAGUGCCACUCCCUUAAAUGAGUGGGCCAAGAUUCCAUGAUCAUGGUACAAAUGAGAUACCUAGAAUUGAUAAUAUAUUCACUUUAUUUAGAUCCCAAUUUACAACUGCAGCAAACUUCCUACUGUUCAUUUUCAGUUAAAAUAAGUGCAGUAUAGCUUUAAUCACAUUAAUGAUUUGGACUAACUCUUAUUGAAAAGAGAUAUUCCAAUCCCCAACUGGUCCUUUUUACUUGAUUUAAAAGCUUAACAUUGAGUCUACUUUCCGACACAUUUGGCCAUUAUCAAGAUUCCAUGGUAUGAUCAUGAGUGCUUUUGCCACCCAUACAAGCGGAAUGCCAUUUGCACAGUAGUACCAAAUUUAGUGUAAAGUUUUUAUUAGUUUAUUAAGCCAGUAAUUAUUUGUUUUAUUUUGGAGACUGAAAGAGUACAUACAGAUUGUCCUGUAAUAUUUAAAGGGACAGUAGCAGACUUCAAGAGCUAUAAAAAAAGUUUAUAUAAAUCAUAGUCUGAUUUUCCACAGAAAAGCAGUAAAUUUAG